AUGUUUGAGGGUCUGCGCAAUGAACUCGACGAACAUCACGACCGCCGAGAGCGCAUUGUCAAAGCAUCACGGGAUAUCACGGCAUUGAGCAAGAAGAUCGUCCGGAAAAUCGAGAGCCAGCUCCCAGCCAACAUCCAGGCUGAGAUGGAUUCUCGCCUGGCGGAGAUCUCAAAACUCCUUGCCACCAUUGCCCCCGAGAUUCAGGGCAUCAACCGCUACCGAUACUCCCGGUCGCUGAUGUGCCUCGAGGAGCUCGUCGAGGCCUUGACAUUUGCACACUACCUCAAGACACAAUCGCUCAUCAGCCACGCGGAACUCGACCCGAUAAUCGAGGAACUGACCCGGAAGGGCGCAGUUGCAGAGGACGAGGUCAUGGCCGACGCCAGCGACACGGCAGGCAAUGUCGAGAAAUCCGCCCCGCCGACUGCUGAGCCACCCACAAUUUCCCUGACGCAGGACGACUAUCUCUACGGCGUGUUCGACCUUACGGGUGAGAUGAUGCGCUUCGCCACCACAUCGACCGCAUUGUCAGGAGCCAUGGCCGGUGGGCAGGGCGGUGAGGGUGGUGAUGACGAACCCCGUACGAUUGUCCAGGACAUGCAUGAGCUGGGGACCUUGUUUGAAAUGUUGCCCGUAGCCCCUGGCAACCGGUUCCAGUGGGGGAAGAAGCUCGAGGUUACUCGGCAGUCGGUAGUAAAGGUUGAGAGGCUGGGCUAUGAUCGGAUUAUACGUGGGAGCGAGCGGCCAAAGGGCUGGAUCCCAGACUUGAGCUCAGAGGACCAGGGCCAAGGCGAUGAGUUGGAGUGA